CUCUCCACCACUCUCCUCCGUCUUUUUCCCGACAGCAGUCAUUUCGUUCAGAGCAGCAUCGGGACCUGCCUCGCCUGUCUAGCUGUUUUAACUGGCCAACACCGUACCGCAUCGCCCGACCCCUGGAGCUAGCAAUUCCUCCUCCACCGGCGCCCCGUACCAGCACCACUGCUUUGCACCAUUCACACCAUCCACACUCCAGCAACCGAUUCCGACUUGCUGCAUCGCUGAAGAUCCGACGUCCCAAGAGUCCAACCUUAGUCGUCGUCAUUUUACCUGUCCCAUCCAGUCACAACAACAUCACUACGGACUAGUCCGUCCCUCAUACGAGUCCGUCGCCAAUUGUGAUUACGAAUUGAACCAACACACCUCAAAAAAAGAUGGACAACCGAUCAAGCGAUGUGUCGCCAGAGGCGAUGCAGGCACGAAUUCAACAAGCGCGUCGCGAGGCUGAAAAUCUCAAGGACAAAAUCAGGCUGAAGAAGGAAGGGCUCGCCGAUACUUCCCUCUACGAGGUUGCGCAACAGGCCCAUGAGCCACUUCCGAAGAACAACAUGAUGAGGACAAAGAAGACGUUGAAGGGCCAUCUGGCCAAGAUUUAUGCGAUGCACUGGUCUACCGACCGGAGGCACCUUGUCUCAGCAUCUCAGGACGGCAAGCUCAUCAUCUGGGACGCUUACACGACCAACAAAGUUCACGCCAUUCCCCUACGAUCGUCUUGGGUUAUGACUUGCGCCUAUGCCCCGAGCGGCAACUUCGUUGCCUGCGGUGGUCUCGACAACAUUUGCUCUAUUUACAACCUGAACUCGAACCGUGACGGCCCUACUCGUGUCUACCGGGAGCUUUCAGGCCAUGCGGGCUAUCUCUCUUGCUGCCGUUUUAUCAACGACCGCAGCAUCCUCACCUCCUCCGGCGAUAUGACAUGCAUGAAGUGGGAUAUCGAGACAGGAACAAAGGUCGUUGAGUUUGCCGACCAUUUGGGCGACGUCAUGAGCAUCAGCUUGAACCCCACAAACCAGAACACCUUUGUGUCGGGUGCUUGCGAUUCUUUCGCUAAGCUUUGGGAUAUUCGCGCCGGCAAGGCCGUACAAACAUUCGCUGGCCACGAGUCCGAUAUCAACGCCAUCCAGUUUUUCCCCGAUGGUCACUCUUUCGUAACGGGUUCCGACGACGCUACUUGCAGACUUUUCGAUAUCCGCGCAGACAGAGAGUUGAACUGCUAUCGCUCCGAAUCUAUUCUUUGCGGCAUUACCUCCGUCGCGACAUCAGUCUCUGGACGUUUGCUCUUUGCCGGUUACGAUGACUUUGAAUGCAAAGUCUGGGAUCUUACUCGCGCUGAAAAGGUUGGCUCUCUCGUGGGUCACGAAAAUCGUGUCAGCUGUUUGGGCGUUUCCAACGAUGGAAUAAGUUUGUGCACAGGCUCUUGGGACUCUUUGCUCAAGGUCUGGGCCUACUAGGCGCAUGUGUGAUACUGAUACGACCGGCACCCUCU